GCGGGGCUGUAGGUCCGAGAGCUGUGAGCCGUGCUAGGCGGAGACAGCUCAGGGAAGAAAGACCUAAGCAAAGGACCAGGACUGCCGGAGUAUAGUAUUUGUUAACAUUUAGCGCCUCCUAUGUGCCAGACGGUGUUUCUACAUCCUGAGUAUGCAGAGGUGAACAAAGAAAAACGCCUGUUCUCUUGGAGUUGGUUUUAUAAUGUCCUAUUCAGGAAUGGCCACCAACAGUGCAAUCAAAGGGAGAGCAGGAGAAGGAGGUACAUAACUGAGAAGAAUCUCUGUGCCACUAUUGUGAUCAGACCAGAUGCCUUCUUCUAAUUCACCAGACCAAGGAGAUGACCUAGAGGCCUGUAUUUUAAGAUUUUCUGACCUGGAUUUAAAAGAUAAAAGUCUUAUUAAUCCCAAUAGCUGUCUCAAAGCAGAGUUAGAUGGCGGUACAAAGAAGAAAUACUCAUUUGCAAAGAAAAAGGCCUUUGCCCUUUUCGUCAAAACCAAAGAAGUUCCAGCACAAAGGAGUUUUGAAUGUAAAGAGAAAUGGUGGCAAUGCUGUCAGCAACUAUUCACAGACCAGACCGGCAUCCAUAGACAUGUGGCAACACAACAUGCUGAUAAAGUUGACCAACAGACUGCUUCUAUUUUAAAGCAGCUGGCUGCAGCAUUGAGUACCUCAAAGAGUCUUAUGUCUGCAGACCAAAAAAACCCUCUAAAAGAGUGCCUUACACUUAGCCAUGAAGUGUCUGCUUGGCUUCCAGAUCUAAGCUGCUUUAGCGCUGAUGAGCUGACAAGUGGCCAGGGCAGUGAUGAAGGGGAAGUGCUACUGUAUUACUGCUACUGUGACCUGGAGGAUCCCUACUGGACAUGUGCCUGGCAGACAGCUCUGUGUCAGCACCUGCACCUCACAGGCAAGGUUCGAGUUGCUAUGGAGGGAAUCAAUGGGACAGUUGGUGGAAGCAAACUGGCUACCAGACUCUACGUGGAAGUCAUGCUUUCUUGCCCAUUGUUUAAGGAUUAUCUGUGUAAGGACGAUUUUAAGACCAGCAAAGGAGGAGCUCACUGUUUUCCAGAAUUGCGUGUUGGUGUAUUUGAAGAAAUCGUUCCCAUGGGGAUCAGCCCUAGUAAGAUCUCCUACAAGAAGACUGGAAUUCAUUUAUCCCCAGGUGAAUUUCAUAAAGAAGUAGAAAAGUUUUUAUCUCAGGCAAAUCAAGAAAAAAGGGAUACUAUCCUUCUGGAUUGCAGAAACUUCUAUGAAAGCAAAAUAGGACGAUUCCAGGGCUGCUUAGCCCCAGACAUCAGGAAAUUCAGUUAUUUUCCUAGCUACAUUGACAAAAAUCUAGAACUUUUCAGAGAGAAGACGGUGCUGAUGUACUGCACUGGGGGCAUUCGUUGUGAGCGGGGUUCAGCCUACAUCAAAGCCAAGGGAGUGUGCAAGGAAGUGUUCCAGCUCAAGGGUGGCAUCCACAAGUACCUGGAAGAGUUUCCUAAUGGUUUUUACAAAGGAAAGUUGUUUGUUUUUGAUGAGCGUUAUGCCCUGUCCUACAACAGUGAUGUGGUGUCAGAAUGUUCAUACUGUGGAACCCAGUGGGACCAGUACAAUCUCUGCUCAACUCCCCAAUGCCGCCAACUCGUUUUGACGUGCCCUGCCUGUCAAGAACGAGGAUUCACAGCCUGCUGUGUCACAUGUCAAGACAAAGGGAGCAUAAAGGCUUCAGGACUUCCCCAGGACAGCUUUAAAGAGGAAUGUGAAUGUACCGCCCGACGGGCACGCAUACCUACAGAGCUCUCCCAGCAGCUGUGCCUCCCUGUGAGCCCAGAGCCAGGGCCCUGUUAGUGAGGAUGGGCCAUGGCUUGUAUGAGCAGCACAUUCAGCCUUCCUCACGCCUUCAAUAAAAGUAGAUUUGUGGUGACUACGUUUAGAAAAACAUCAAGGCUGCAGAACAAAGAGAUCAGAACUUUCAUGCUGGCCUGAGCCACCACCGUAGCAUAGUGGUGACCAUAUCGACGACCUGCACUACACAGAGGGAAGGGAGAGGGAGUCAGAUGAUGAUCACUUACCUGAAGCAUUCUGAUUAAGAAGGUGCUAGAGCACAGAAAAACGUAAGCUGUAUGGGGCCACAGAAAGGAUAUGGGCAUAAAACCUUCGGCCUAGUGACCAGGACAGCCCUUUCUCUGCCAUGCAGCAAGCUGUUAGUAGUCCUUAUCAGCAAACCUGUCUUUCCUGGUGGCAUACAUGUGAAAGCUGUGGCCCUGGAGUGCACUUGUAAACCAGGCCACCUCAGUCACCCUUCACCCCUACCUCUGUCUCUUCUCUGACAGCCUGACAGAUCUGCCAGCUGUGGCAUUUGGCCUGCCUUCUGCUUUGUAGAUAGGAGUCAUCCCUUGGUAUGCAUAGGGGAUGGUUCCAGGAUGCCCGAGUAUUGUAUACCAAAAUCCUAGUAGACCCCUGUACUGCCCACAGUCGGCUUUCGGAACUUGAAUAUGCAAAAAGUCAGCCAUCAGAAUACCCAGGUUUUACAUCCUGCAAAUACUGUAUUUUCAAUCUGUUCAGUUGAAAAAUCCACAGAUAAAUGGACCCACAUAGUUGAAACCUAUAUUGUUUCAGGAUCAGCUGUACAGUUUAUUGGAACAGCCAUCCCCAUUCCUUUACAUAGGAUCUAUGGCUGAAUUGAGUACUUGGAACAGAGACCAUGUGGCCUGCAAAAUCUGAAGUAGUUACUAUGUGGCCCUUUACAGGAAAGUUGGCCAACCCCUGGUCUAGAUCAGCAGCUUAUUGAUGGGGAUAGCCUUAAAGAUGUGGCUCCUCUUCAUUUUUUAUUGAUUUGGUUUCUAUGAGAGAUUUCCCCUAAUAGCCCUGCUUUCCCUAACACUCACUCUAGCUUUUAAUUUUUCUCUUUGUGAGAUUCAAAUAAGCUCAAUGAUACUGACAUUUGGGGUAGCAUUUUUAGAUCAUCUGGGAUAUAAGAAGACACAUUCUUAGUGAGGUCAUUCAGCAUUGCCACGGCGGCUGCCCAGCCUUUUGGCAAGUGUCACAGGUCCUGAGAAACACAUACAAAGCCAUACAUAGACCAACAAAUUUAUUAUUACAUUGCAGUUUCCAGUGAUGCAGAAUGCAGCUGCAGUUGUGUUUCAAAGAGAAGCUGAGUGGGGAUGGUCAUCCCUGCAGCAUGGUGCCACUCCCGGGCCCCUCUGCAGCCUCAGUAGACACUCUUCUACAGUGGUGAGGCCCUGGCUCCUCUAGUUCCCCUGUACUGUCCAUGUCACUGUGGUUCAGUGUGUAGGACUUUUCCUUUUUCAUCACAAGCCUCUCUGCUCAGUGCUCUGCAGCUCUUUGGCCUUGUCCUUUAUCAUAAGAUUUGCUGUAAUUCCUCAAAGCAACAAACAGAAACACUGGUUUAACUGGCACUAUGGUAUAUUAAAAGGCACAAGGGCACUGUGGCUUUUUGCUAGAUUCCAAGAGAUACAUAUGAUGUUAUAAAGGAAAUCUCAAAAUCACAUUUUCAGAAUAAUCAUCCUGGGGUGGUUUGGCUAGGAUUUCCUAAUUCUUUAACAUCUGGAUUUUCUUCACCAUUGUCCCACAGAGACUGAAUUUACAGCCCUAAGAUCGAUGGUGAUUUGUCUAAUAAGUGAUGAGACAGGUAGCUGAAGACAUGCUUGGUCAUGCUAAAUUCCAUAGCUAUG